CAUCCGACGGCCAGAUCCCCCGACCGUUGCCGCUGAGGCUCCCGCCACGUCAUCCCUCACUCGACCGUUGGGGCUCGCCGUUUCAAAAAAGUCGAGCUCGAAUAAAUCGGGAUAAAUCCCCUCGUUCCUCGAGCCCAAUCGAUUGCUCACUCAUCGAUCCCCUCCUCCAUUCACAUGAGAGAUCCUCGAGAUCCCUAUAAUUUCUCCCCCAAUUCGUCGCGGCCAAUCCUUCCCCCGAGCUCGAGCUGAUCGGCGUGAGCUUUUUCUCGCCGGAGUUGAGCUGAGCCCGGCGGUUUUCGGGUGUGGAUUUGAGCUUGAGCUGAAGUGAAGUGAGCUUGUGGUUUUGAGGUGAUUUGUGGGGGAUGUCGCGGCGGCUGUCGUUGCCGGCGGGGGCGCCGGUGACGGUGGCGGUGUCGCCGGUGCGGAGCCCGGGGGGUGACGCGGUGGUGAGGAGGGGGAGCGGGCUGACGUCCCCCGUGCCGAGGCACUCGCUCGGGUCGUCCACCGCCACGCUGCAGGUGUCGCCGGUGAGGCGGAGCGGCGGGAGUAGGUACCUCGGCGCGUCGAGGGAUGGCGGCGCCGAUGAGAGCGCCGAGUUCGUGCACUACACCGUGCACAUCCCGCCCACGCCCGACCGGGCGACGGCGUCCGUGGCGAGCGAGGCGGAGGCGGCGGCGGAGGCCGAGGAGGUGCACCGGCCGCAGCGGAGCUACAUCUCCGGGACGAUAUUCACCGGGGGGCUCAACUGCGCCACGCGCGGCCACGUGCUCAACUUCUCCGGCGAGGGCGGCGCCACCGCCGCCUCCAGGGCGGCGGCGUCGGGGAACAUGUCGUGCAAGAUGCGCGGGUGCGACAUGCCCGCGUUCCUCAACGGCGGCCGCCCGCCGUGCGACUGCGGGUUCAUGAUCUGCAAGGAGUGCUACGCGGAGUGCGCCGCGGGCAACUGCCCCGGUUGCAAGGAGGCCUUCUCCGCGGGCUCCGACACCGACGAAUCCGACUCCGUCACCGACGACGACGACGACGAGGCCGUCUCCUCCUCCGAGGAGAGGGACCAGCUGCCGCUGACAUCCAUGGCGAGGAAAUUUUCCGUGGUGCACUCCAUGAAGGUCCCCGGCGCCGCCGCCAACGGCAACGGCAAGCCGGCCGAGUUCGACCACGCCCGCUGGCUCUUCGAGACCAAGGGCACCUAUGGCUACGGCAACGCUCUCUGGCCCAAGGACGGCCACGCCCAUAGCGGCGCCGGCUUCGUCGCCGCCGACGAGCCCCCCAACUUCGGUGCCCGCUGCCGCCGCCCCCUCACCAGAAAAACCAGCGUCUCCCAAGCCAUUCUCAGCCCCUACAGGUUGUUGAUUGCGAUUCGGCUGGUGGCGCUGGGGUUCUUCCUCGCGUGGAGGAUUCGGCAUCCGAAUCCGGAGGCGGUGUGGCUGUGGGCGAUGUCGGUGGCGUGCGAGGUGUGGUUCGCCUUCUCAUGGCUGCUCGACAGCCUCCCCAAGCUCUGCCCCGUCCACCGCGCCGCCGACCUCGCCGUCCUCGCCGAGCGGUUCGAGUCGCCGACGGCGCGCAACCCCAAGGGCCGCUCCGACCUCCCCGGGAUCGACGUGUUCGUCACCAGCGCCGACCCGGAGAAGGAGCCGCCGCUGGUCACCGCCAACACCAUCCUCUCCAUCCUCGCCGCGGACUACCCCGUCGAGAAGCUCGCUUGCUACCUCUCCGACGACGGCGGCGCGCUGCUGUCGUUCGAGGCGCUCGCCGAGACGGCCAGCUUCGCGCGCACGUGGGUGCCAUUCUGCCGCAAGCACGGCGUCGAGCCGCGGUGCCCCGAGGCGUAUUUCGGCCAGAAGAGGGACUUCCUCAAGAACAAGGUGCGCGUCGACUUCGUCCGCGAGAGGCGGAAGGUGAAGCGCGAGUACGACGAGUUCAAGGUGCGGGUGAACUCGCUCCCCGAGGCGAUCCGGCGGCGCUCCGACGCGUACAACGCCGGCGAGGAACUGCGCGCCAGGAGGCGGCAGCAGGAGGAGGCCGCCGCCGCGGCUGCCGCCGGCAACGGCGAGCUUGGAGCGGCGGCGGUCGAGACCGCCGCCGUGAAGGCCACGUGGAUGUCGGACGGCUCGCACUGGCCGGGGACGUGGACGUGCCCCGCGGCGGACCACGCCCGCGGCGACCACGCCGGGAUCAUCCAGGCGAUGCUGGCGCCGCCGACCUCGGAGCCGGUGAUGGGAGGCGAGGCGGCGGAGUGCGGCGGGCUGAUCGACACCACGGGCGUGGACGUCCGCCUCCCGAUGCUGGUGUACGUGUCGCGGGAGAAGCGCCCGGGCUACGAUCACAACAAGAAGGCCGGCGCCAUGAACGCGCUGGUGCGGACGAGCGCCAUCAUGUCGAACGGGCCCUUCAUCCUCAACCUCGACUGCGACCACUACGUGCACAACUCGUCGGCGCUCCGGGAGGGGAUGUGCUUCAUGCUCGACCGCGGCGGCGACCGCGUGUGCUUCGUCCAGUUCCCGCAGCGGUUCGAGGGCGUCGACCCCAGCGACCGGUACGCCAACCACAACCUCGUCUUCUUCGACGUGUCCAUGCGCGCCAUGGACGGGCUUCAGGGCCCCAUGUACGUCGGCACCGGCUGCGUCUUCCGCCGCACCGCGCUGUACGGCUUCAGCCCGCCCCGCGCCACCGAGCACCAUGGCUGGCUCGGCCGCAGGAAGAUCAAGCUGUUCCUCACCAAGAAGAAGAGCAUGGGCAAGAAGACGGACAGGGCCGAGGACGACACCGAGAUGAUGCUGCCGCCGAUCGAGGACGACGACGGCGGCGCCGACAUUGAGGCCUCGGCUAUGCUACCGAAGCGGUUCGGCGGGUCGGCGACGUUCGUGGCGUCGAUACCCGUGGCGGAGUACCAGGGUCGGCUGCUGCAGGACACCCCCGGGUGCCACCACGGCCGCCCUGCGGGCGCGCUCGCUGUGCCGCGCGAGCCGCUCGACGCGGCGACGGUGGCGGAGGCCAUCGGCGUGAUCUCCUGCUUCUACGAGGAGAAGACGGAGUGGGGGCGGCGCAUCGGGUGGAUCUACGGCUCCGUCACCGAGGACGUGGUCACCGGCUACCGGAUGCACAACCGCGGGUGGCGCUCCGUCUACUGCGUGACGCCGCGGCGCGACGCGUUCCGCGGCACGGCGCCGAUCAACCUCACCGACCGCCUCCACCAGGUGCUCCGGUGGGCGACGGGCUCCGUCGAGAUCUUCUUCUCCCGCAACAACGCCCUCUUCGCCUCGCCGCGGAUGAAGCUGCUGCAGCGCGUCGCCUACUUCAACGCCGGGAUGUACCCCUUCACCUCCGUGUUCCUCCUCGCCUACUGCCUCCUCCCGGCCGUCUCCCUCUUCUCCGGCAAGUUCAUCGUGCAGCGACUCAGCGCCACCUUCCUCGCCUUCCUCCUCGUCAUCACCCUCACCCUCUGCCUCCUCGCCCUGCUCGAGAUCAAGUGGUCCGGGAUCACGCUCCACGAGUGGUGGCGCAACGAGCAGUUCUGGGUGAUCGGCGGCACCAGCGCGCACCCGGCCGCCGUGCUGCAGGGCCUACUCAAGGUGAUCGCCGGCGUGGACAUCUCCUUCACGCUGACCUCCAAGCCGGGGAACGGCGGCGGCGAUGGCGGGGUCGGCGGCGAGGGGAACGACGACGAGGCGUUCGCGGAGCUGUACGAGGUGAGGUGGAGCUACCUGAUGGUGCCGCCGGUGACGAUCAUGAUGGUGAACGCGGUGGCGAUCGCGGUGGCGGCGGCGAGGACGCUGUACAGCGAGUUCCCGCAGUGGAGCAAGCUGCUCGGCGGCGCCUUCUUCAGCUUCUGGGUGCUGUGCCACCUCUACCCGUUCGCCAAGGGCCUCCUCGGCCGCCGCGGCCGCGUGCCCACCAUCGUCUUCGUCUGGUCGGGCCUCAUCUCCAUGAUCAUCUCCCUCCUCUGGGUCUACAUCAACCCGCCCGCCGGCGCCCGGGAGCGCAUCGGCGGCGGCGGAUUCAGCUUCCCAUAGCCGAAGAAGAAGAAGAAGAAGAAAGAAGUUAUUUAUCAGUAGUGUAGUGGUGUCGAGUUCAGUUUCUUGAAGCUCUGAACUUUCUGAAGCUCACAUGAAGGAGUGCUUGCUUCAUGGGGCGUGUUGUCAAAUUCAGUUCAGUAAAAGUACUUUUACCGAAGUAUUAGGUGUGAUUAAGCGAUUGUUUGUGUAUCAAUUAAGUUACUUGUGAUUAAUUGAUACUGAUUAUGUAUCAAAUAUUGGAGACAUGUCAUAUGAUUAUCUGUAACUGUA